CCGCGACACAUAAGUGUAGAGACCAUGAUCGGUAGGGGACACGCCACGAUGUAACUACUUGUUCCCCUGUUCUUCCACACAACUCGAGCAAUAAUGUCAACAAAGCAUGCCAAGCCCAACUUCAGCCACGCUCAGGUGGUUGAGACAGUGAAGAGACUCUUCAGGCUGACGCCAUCAGAAAUCCGCUCUCUGCCGAGCUACGAUGACCAGAACUUGUACGUGGCGCCCAUCGAGGGUGGCGAGUACAUCCUGAAGAUAAUGAACUCAGAGGACAGUAAGAACCGCUCCAUGAUUGAGAUGCAGACGUAUGCCAUGACUUUCCUGCACCAGAAUGGACUUCCUGCUCAAACCGCCCUGCCCACCGCCUCAGGACAGCUCAUGAGCCUAGAAGAAAUAGAUUGCGGCUAUGGCCGUCAGAAGUACCUGGUCAGGCUGCUGACUUAUUUGCCUGGAACCACAAUUUCCAAGGUUCCCUUAACACCACAGUUACUUUAUGAAACUGGCAAGAUGGCAGCCAGAAUGGACCAAAUCCUACAAGAGAUGAAGCACCCUAAUCUUGAAGUGCUGCAGAGAGAGAAGUUCAUUUGGAGUCUGUCAAAUGUUCCCUGCCUGGAAGCAUACAUAAGUAUAUUAGAUGGAGAUCCUCUUGAAGAGGUUGUGAAGUCUGUCAUUCACGAGUACAAGACCUUUGUGAUUGAUAAACGCUCCAAUUUCCGCAGGUGCAUGAACCACGGUGACUUCAAUGACCUCAAUGUGCUUGUUCAACCCGAUGAGAGGGGCGGCCACAGGAUUUCUGGCAUCCUCGACUUUGGGGACAUGAACAGCGGCUAUUACAUCUACGAGCUAGCCAUCGCUGUCAUGUACAUGAUGACGGAGCACCCUGAACCGAUAGAGGUGGGUGGACCUGUCCUCGCUGGCUGGGAAAGUGUCCUUCCCCUCAAUGAGGCGGAGAAAGAUUGUCUCUAUGUGCUCGUGCUGUCCCGCUUCUGCCAGUCGUUGGUUUUAGCUCGUCACGCUGUGACUUUGCAUCCGGAAAAUGCAGAGUAUCUGAUGAUUUCCUCCAAGAGGGGCGUCCACAUUCUCCAUCAACUGUGGGAGCUCGGAAAGGAGCAGGUGGAGAAGGCAUGGUUUCAGAGUGCAGCUCAAUUCAGUGACAAACCGUGAGAAAAAUGUGGAAGGAAAGCUAUUCACACAUUUUCAACACACUCAAUCCAACAAAAAUGUUCUUCUCUCUAAGUAAAAUAAUUUCUGCAGUUAAAUUUUUUUUUAAAAGUACUUCAUUUUAGAAAAAAUUAUUUAACUCAAUUGUCCUUCAGCUAUAAAUUCAUAUAAUUCAGGUGUGAAGUGAUGUCAAUCAAAUAUUCUAUUAUUUGUAUCUUCUCAAAACAUAUGUGCCAGGACUUUAUCUGUGGAUAUUAAGACAUAUUAUACAUCAUGGUUGGACAGUGAAUGAAUGUAUUUGGAUUAUGAUCAUAGCAUUAGGGUUAUUUCUCUGAUUUGCUUAUUCUGACAUUUUGUCUUUUCUUUUACUUCUUUUUUCAUUAUCCAUUUUUGUAAUCUUCUUUUGAUUGCAAAUAACCCAAUAAAACUGGUUUGUACUGUGUACAUUCCAACC